GGGCUCGGCCGCCAGCACUAAAGAUGGAGAGGCGCCGGGGCCUCGCAGGGGAGGGGGCUCGGCGUUGACGUGGGACGCGGCGGAGGCGCAGCAGCCGGUGGUGAUUUGCUAACCUCGCAGCAGAGAGGAGUUGAGGGCGAUGAGAGCGGGUACUGCGAACUGCCCGGCGAUGCCGCCGCUGCCGCCGUGAUACGGAGAGCAACAGUUCCCCAGCAACACCCCUCCCCGACACAGGCACACACCCCCCGACAGGCACGCACACCCACCCCACGGUGCCCGGCUCGGCAGCGGCCCCUUCCUUGGCCCAGAAAGCCCACCCUGCCCGGCCACGCAGAGCCCAGAAGGAAAGAGAGCCUCAUGCCUGAGCCGAGGGGAGCACCAUGGAUCUGACGAAGAUGGGCAUGAUCCAGCUGCAGAACCCCAGCCACCCCACGGGGCUGCUGUGCAAGGCCAACCAGAUGCGGCUGGCCGGGACUCUGUGUGAUGUGGUCAUCAUGGUGGACAGCCAGGAGUUCCACGCCCACCGGACCGUGCUGGCCUGCACCAGCAAGAUGUUUGAGAUCCUCUUCCACCGCAACAGUCAGCACUAUACUCUGGACUUCCUCUCGCCAAAGACCUUUCAGCAGAUUCUGGAAUAUGCGUACACGGCCACGCUGCAAGCCAAGGCAGAGGACCUGGAUGACCUGCUGUAUGCAGCUGAGAUCCUGGAGAUCGAAUACCUGGAGGAGCAGUGCCUGAAGAUCCUGGAGACCAUCCAGGCCUCAGAUGACAAUGACACGGAGGCCACUAUGGCCGAUGGUGGGGCCGAGGAAGAAGAGGACCGCAAGGCCCGGUACCUCAAGAACAUCUUCAUCUCGAAGCAUUCCAGCGAGGAGAGUGGGUAUGCCAGUGUGGCUGGACAGAGCCUCCCUGGGCCCAUGGUGGACCAGAGCCCUUCAGUCUCCACCUCAUUUGGUCUUUCAGCCAUGAGUCCCACCAAGGCUGCAGUGGACAGUUUGAUGACCAUAGGACAGUCUCUUCUGCAGGGAACUCUUCAGCCACCUGCAGGGCCCGAGGAGCCAACUCUGGCUGGGGGUGGGCGGCACCCUGGGGUGGCUGAAGUGAAGACAGAGAUGAUGCAGGUGGAUGAAGCACCCUGCCAGGACAGCCCUGGGGCAGCCGAGUCCAGCAUCUCAGGAGGGAUGGGGGACAAGGUCGAGGAAAGGGGCAAAGAGGGGCCCGGGACCCCUACUCGAAGCAGCGUCAUCACCAGUGCUAGGGAGCUGCACUACGGGCGAGAGGAGAGUGCCGAGCAGCUGCCACCCGCAGCGGAGGCUGGCCAGGGCCCCGCUGGCCGACCUGAGCACCCAGCACCCCCAGCUGAGAAACAUCUGGGCAUCUACUCUGUGUUGCCCAACCACAAGGCUGACGCCGUGUUGAGCAUGCCAUCUUCAGUGUCCUCUGGCCUCCACGUCCAGCCUGCCUUGGCCGUCUCCAUGGACUUCAGCACCUACGGGGGUCUGCUGCCCCAGGGCUUCAUCCAGAGGGAGCUGUUCAGCAAGCUGGGUGAGCUGGCCGUGGGCAUGAAGUCAGAGAGCCGGACCCUCGGGGAGCAGUGCAGCGUGUGUGGGGUCGAGCUUCCUGAUAAUGAGGCCGUGGAGCAGCACAGGAAGCUGCACAGUGGGAUGAAGACAUACGGGUGCGAGCUCUGCGGGAAGCGGUUCCUGGAUAGUUUGCGGCUGAGAAUGCACUUACUGGCUCAUUCAGCGGGCGCCAAAGCCUUCGUCUGCGAUCAGUGUGGUGCCCAGUUUUCGAAGGAGGAUGCCCUGGAGACACACAGGCAGACCCAUACAGGCACGGACAUGGCUGUCUUCUGUCUGCUGUGCGGGAAGCGGUUCCAGGCGCAGAGUGCGCUGCAGCAGCACAUGGAGGUCCACGCGGGCGUGCGCAGCUACAUCUGCAGCGAGUGCAACCGCACCUUCCCCAGCCACACGGCGCUCAAACGCCACCUGCGCUCACACACAGGUGAUCACCCAUACGAGUGUGAGUUCUGUGGCAGCUGCUUCCGGGAUGAGAGCACACUCAAGAGCCACAAACGCAUCCACACGGGCGAGAAACCCUACGAGUGCAAUGGCUGCGGCAAGAAGUUCAGCCUCAAGCACCAGCUGGAGACGCACUAUAGGGUGCACACAGGUGAGAAGCCCUUUGAGUGUAAACUGUGCCACCAGCGCUCCCGGGACUACUCGGCCAUGAUCAAGCACCUGCGGACGCACAACGGCGCCUCGCCCUACCAGUGCACCAUCUGCACGGAGUACUGCCCCAGCCUGUCCUCCAUGCAGAAGCACAUGAAGGGCCACAAGCCCGAGGAGAUCCCGCCCGACUGGAGGAUAGAGAAGACUUACCUCUACCUGUGCUACGUGUGAAGGGCGCCCGGCCUGGAGCAGGGGCGGGGAGCGAAGGAAGAAGAGUUAGAGCGAGACGGAGUCGAGGAGGAAGGACUGUGGGGGAAAAAAAAAAAGGAAAAGAAAAAAAAAAAAAAGAAGGAAACCUGAUAGCUGUUUGGCCUUGGAUUCUCUCUGGGGCUCCAGGUGACCUGGAUGCCAAGCCACUGCCCCUUCCCUGGGGGUCUCCGCCCCCCUUUCCCGGCUGGAGGUUUGCCUGAUUUUCUGGGGUGGGUGUGGUUUUGUUCACUCAGAUGGUGGCCUGUUUUUCUCCUCCCUCUACCCAGACCCUCCUUUUACGUCCAGAGAUGGAGGCCAGGCAGUGGGCGAGAGGUCCUCCGGCCAGAGCCAGUCUCGGCCUGCCCGCCUUCCUCCCCCUGCCCCCUCAGAAGGUGACCCGAGGGAGCGGGAGGGGGCUCCCCUACAGAUGGCGGACGGAGCUGGGUCACCGGUUGGCACUCACAGGGCAGCUCUAGUUUGCUGGGGACAGACUCGGGAGGGGAAGGGCUCUCUCUCUCUUCCCCUGCUCCGUCUGUCCCUCUGCUCUGCCCCCUCCAGUGUCCCCUUGUGGCCUCUGAGAGCCUCAUGGCUCCUGCCCUCUGCCCCAGCUCUUUGCUCCUAGCCUUCCCGUGGCUCCCACCCUCCAAGUCCCGGGGGCUCCCAGCCCCCCACCCCCCUCCAGUUUCCCAGUGGGAAAGCUGGGUUGGACUCCAGAGCCAGCCUCCUGAGGACACGAAACUAAAUAAGUCGAACACCCCGCCCUAGGCAAGCCCAGUCAUGGGCAAGAUUCCUGCUGAGCUGCUUCCGAAAUGGAAGAACAUAACAGCUAAAUAUGUAAUAUCCUUCCAAACAGAAACCCCCACAGCCCAGCGUCAGUCCCGGGGAGAAGGAAUCCACGAAGGGGUUCCUGGUCCAAGGGACAGUUGUGGAUGUCUGUUUCCAAGUGGGCCCUACACCUAGAGAAACGGACGUCCUGCCCAGGGGAGGGCUAGCUGGCCGGGGAGGGGGGGAGGGGAGAAGGUGUUGAGUCACCCUGGGGACCUCAGUAGGAAAACCCAGGUCCAGAGAGUGGCAUGGAAUUCCUGCCUCACAGGGCCCCUCAGCCCGCAGGGAGGAGGAGGAGGAGGAGGAGGAGGAGUUGAAAGCGCUUUGGCCUUGUGUUAUGUUUUGCUUCUUUUCUGUGUCCCCUUUUAGCACAUUGUACUUGAAUUACCUCAGUUUUUGUGACCUCAUGAGCUUUUUUAAUCUCUGUAUCUCUUUUUUGGUUGGGGGUGAAAGGAAUGGGGAGGGCGUCCUUUUCUGUUUCUCGUAUAAAUUAAUAGUAGUUUUUAUAGACUUCAGCUGGCCGGGGCCUCCCUGUGCCCCCGGAGACUCACCUCCAGCUGGAAGGAGCUGUGUGCGGGAGCAGUUGACACUCAGGAUCUGAACGUGAGGGCCGGGGGGACAGAGCAGGUGGGCAGGGAAGGGAUGGUGCAUGGUGUCUCAGUGUCCCCAUGGGGCACUCGGGAGUCACUGUUGGCUCUGCCCGGAGUGUGGGGUCACCUGUGCCCAGCAUCGGAUCAGCCCAAAACGCUCUGGAAAAAAAUCCCACCUUUCUUCCACGGGGUUGGUCAUUCGGGUUUGAGGGCAUGUGCUACUGAGAUCCUUGCAACUGUGCGGCCCAGCGCUGUGUGCAUUGCCAUUGCCAAAACUGCCCUCUCUUCGCAGCUGGCCGGGCGCGAUCAGCCUGUAUUCUGUUGUGUUGGGUGGGGGUGUUAUUUUUCUAAAAGCUACCUCUUAUGUUUGUCCAGUCGUUCUUUUGUUCCUCGCCUGCCUCUGCUGCUCUUCCCCCCAGCCCUUGCCCCAAGCUCCCCCACCCUCCCCCUAAAUUUUGGAAAAGCACAUUUGCAAUAUUCGUGUUUGCUUUGGGACGGGCGCCCUCCGUUUCAUCUCAUGCUUUAUGUGUAAGAGUUUUUAUUAUUUUGUUUGUUUGUUUGUUUCUUUCCUUUCUCUCACUGAGAAAGUUGUGGCUGCGUUCUGUGAUCUUAUUGGGUUUUUAAAAAAGUGGUUUAGGGAAAGCGGUUUUGGGGAGAAGGAUUGUGAGGAGUAUAGGGGAGCUGGAGGGAUGGGUGCUGCUGUGACUUCCCCCCUGUCCCUCGGCCCCGUCCCUCCUGCCCUCCCCUUCAAUCUCAUCCACCAAAUCUGAAGGCCUUAAAAAUUGUAUGUUGGGGGGAUGUGAAUUGGGGGACUGUGUCACUAGACUGUCGAUUAGGGAUCAUGAAGUAGGGAGGAUGCUAUUUUGCAACUACAAUAACGACAUAGUGUUUUGGAAAGGAAGAAAAAGAAGUUAAACUUGAAAUAUGUGACUAGAACAGUUGUCAUGUCUACAAUGUGAAAGGAGUGAGCUCGUGUGGGGGAGGGGCAGUCUGUAAGAAAUCAUUAUGCACUAUGGCUUCCUUGCCCCUCCUCUGGGAAGAAGGGAGGACUAGCUGGCCCUCAGGGGACCGGUAAAUCCCAGAAAACAGUAUUUUUAACAGCAAGACGUCAUUCAACCUGGGUGGGGAAGGAAAAGAAAAAUCAAACUAUUCCGUAGAACUAGCUGGCCCCCCUCCUGCCCUCCCCACUCAGCCUGGGUCCCUCCUCCCCAUUCAUUAAAAGCUGAGAGGGUUGAGCUAAUCUUUACAAAUUGUAAUAUUUUUGUAACAUUUGUUAGUUCCUUUGUCAGUUCGAGUCCCGCAGAACCGUGCCCUUUCCUUUUGUAAUGUGAAUAGCAAAAAAAAAAAAAAAAAGACAAAAAAUAUUCACCACCACCACCACCAAAAUAUCCCUCUGUACGUGUGCGCGCGAGUGUGCUUUGUGUGUGCGGUUGUGUGUUAAAUCAUGCAGUAUUGUCGUAAUCUGGUGUUGCAGCAUUAGAUGGUACUAAGUCAGCACCUGCCUGUCCCACCCAAGCCCGAGGGCUCUGCAGAUGCCAGGAGGGAGGGAGGGAGAGCUCAGGGGAGUGUGGCUUCUGAGGACACCUGCAUGGGGAUACCUCUUUACCUGUCUGUGCUGUCACCUCCACUCUCCGUGAAGAUGCCGAAAUGCAGGCCAACAUGCCUCUUCCCCAACUUCCCACCCACAAAGACAAAACAAUUCUAAAGUUGCCAAGGCCUUUUUGGCAAGGCCUAAUGGCCAGGGGGCAGGUGAGGAACUAUCUGAUGGCUUUAGAGGUGUCUGGAAUAAAAGGGUUGGGGCGAGUAGGAGGUUGGAGGUGGCUUUCUCCCGAGGUGAGAGCUUAGUAUUGUCACUCCCCUCUUCUUUUGCCAUCUGGCUCCUUCUUCGGCCACCUCGCUGCCUUUAGCUGUGGUACUGCUGGCUACCCUACCUGCUACUGCCUUAUCCAGCAUAGCGAAACUUCUCUAGCCUGGGAAGUCCAAGCCGGUUAAUAGUCCCUUUCCCAUGUCCAGCUCCUGCAAGUGCGCCCCUUAAUGCUUUUGGUGACAUUUCCCCCUCACUCCUGCUCUUUCCCUGUUCGCUCCUUCACUCAUUCAAAGCAUUAAAAUCCUAUGUGUAUAUAGGAUAGACAAAUAUAUAGAGAUAUAUAUAUAUAUAUAGCAAGAGAGAGAUAUAAAAUAGUAAAUAUCAUUGCUGCUUUGGGCUGCUUUGGAGGAGGAGGAGGAGGCCAUGAAUAUGGGGAAGGCAGAUCUGGGCACAGGGGUGGGUAGGGAGGCUGGGGAACCCAGUGAUUCAGUACAAUCCAGGGAUGCAACGCGGGCUUGUUUAAUCUUUGUGCCUGAACAGUUUUUCCGUGUUUAGAAAAAGAAAAAAAAAAAACUGCUGCAAUUUUUCACAAGUGUAUGGUACCUUUCUGGAUGCUUGUACAACUGCUGUGGGUGGGAGAGGACCAUCAGCUCACCUCCGUAUGGGGAAGUGAGCAGAGCUGUGGCAGCCUUUGGACUCUGUCCAUGAGGGGUGGGGGCGGGGCAGAGUUUUGGCCGAUCCCCUGGCAAGCUGGACUAGGAUGAAAGCGAGGAGCACCAGGAUGUAAGACAGAGAAGCAGAAGAAGAUCGGUGUCUGUUGAUCGUGUUUCCUAGGCCUAUUCUAUAGUCCUCUUGCCCCCUCCCACCCGAUCGCCCCUUCCUGGAGCUUCUGCUGGCCUGGCUGGAAUGGCGGCACUUACCUGGGUGUUUCGGUGGGAGGAUGGGGGCCCGGACUAACCCUGUGCGGUGGGACCGACCGGUAGAGCAAGAAGGCAGAGAUGGCCGAGAGAGGGGCACAGGAGAACCAGGGAGGUUGGGUCAGGGGAAAGGGUGGGGAGAAAGGGGCGCAGGCCCCGCAGGCCUGGCAGCCAGCAGCUGCGGCCUCCCCGGGCCCUUGGCAUCCCACUUCGCAGACAGGGUACCGGCCUCCCGGUGUGUAUCAUAGUAUUUGUUCACAUAGUGUUAUGCAUGAUCUUCGUAAGGUUAAGAAGCCGUGGUGGUGCACCAUGACAUCCGACCCAUAUAUAUAAAGAUAAAUAUAUAUAUAUGUAUGUAAAUUAUAGCACUGAGGGCCCUGCUGCCCUGCUGGACCAAGCAAAUCUAAGCCUCUUUGGUUUGGGUAUUAUGUUUUGUUUUUGUUAUUUGUUUGUUUUUGUGGCUUGUCUUAUGUCGUGACAGCACAAGUGCCAGUCGGAUUGCUCUGUAUUACAGAAUAGUGUUUUUUAAUUCAUUGAUGUUCUAGUUAAUGUCUACCUCAGCACCUCCUCUUAGCCUAAUUUUAGGAGGUUGCCCAAUUUUGUUUCUUCAAUUUUACUGGUUACUUUUUUGUACAAAUCAAUCUUUCUCCCCACCCCCCACCCCUCUUUCCUUCUCUCUCCCUCUCCCCCCUGCCCUCCCCUCCCCCCCAUUUCUGUCCGUUCCACUUUCUCCCUCUCUCCUUCCUCUCGCCCCGACUCCUGCCCCACCCCAGCCUGCUCCCCAAAGUCGUGCUUGGCAGUCCUCAUCUGUUCUAGUUCCGAAGCAGUUCACUCGAAGUUGUGCGGUCCUGGUUGCAGCUUUCCGCAUCUGCCUUCGUUUCGUGUAGAUUGAUGCGUUUCUUUGUAAUUUCAGUGUUUCUGACAAGAUUUAAAAAAAAAAAGAAAGAAGAAAAAAAAAAACGAAAAAAAAAUGAAUUUACUGCUGCAGGUUUUUUUCUCUCUCCAUGUGUCACUAAGUGAAGUUUGUGCCUUCUAUAGCAAAGAGAAUAUUUUUUACAUCCUACUAACAGUAGAUUUUUUUGUAGUGAACAUUUUUUGUAUUUUUAUUUAUAAGUCUCAUAAGAAAAAUAGCAAUGUUCAGUUGUAUACCUUGAAUCUGCAGUUAGAAGAGAAUAAAGUUAAUUCAGUUGUC